AGAGAGAAGAGAGAGCCGCAGCCAAACGCUCCACCUCCACCUCCAAUGCCGCGACGGCCGCCGCUCCCGUCCAAGACCGCACCGCCUCUCCCCCUCCACGCGCGCUGGUCGUAGGCUGCGCCGCGUUCCGUUCUGGUGGGUUGGGUGGGUAUAAGGUGGAGGAGGAAGACUGGAGGAGGAUAGAGGGAGGGAGGGAGGAGAUAGGCGGCGCGAGCGAUGGAGGACGCGUGGAGGAAGGCGAAGAGGGCGCUGGGGCUCCGGCUCUGCGUGCACGUCCCCGAGGAGGGGGCGGAAGGCGGGGCCAGCGAGCCGAGGCGGCUGCCGGCGGCGAGCAGCUCGCGGUGCCGGAGCGAGGCCGCGGUGACGGUGGGGCCCGAGUCGGACGUGCCGGUGCCCGGCGUGGUGCGGAGGUCCAAGUCCGGGAGCAGCCGGUCCUCCUCCAAGAGGAAAUGCGCAAUAUGCUUUGACUCCAUGAAACAUGGGAAUGGCCAUGCCCUAUUCACUGCCGAAUGUUCUCAUAUGUUUCAUUUCCACUGCAUCUCAUCCAAUGUGAAACAUGGGAAUUAUUUCUGCCCAGUUUGUCGGGCAAAGUGGAAAGAGAUACCCUUCAACCGCUCACUAUCUUCUAACAUUCCUCAUGGAAGAAUUGGAGUCAAUAGAGCUCGAUUGACCCAACAAGAUGCUAAUUUGGCUCUUCUCCACCAAGUUCCAAAUCAUCAUCAGAGAGUUCGUCGCCCACAUACCUCUGAGCCAGCAGACUUCAAUGAUGAUGAACCUUUGCAGCAACCAGAAGUUUUUAAUAAUCUUAAUGUCCGAUCUACUAAGACUGCAGAGAUAAGCACAUAUCCAGAAUUCUCUGGCAUACCGCAGUCUUCAUCUAAAGAUGAUUUUGCUAUUCUGAUCCAUCUGAAGGCUCCUAGUGCUGACCCAUACCAGGGCACAGGUAGAUUGGCUAAUGAAAGCUCAGUUGAAUCUUCAAGAAGCCGUGCUCCUGUUGAUCUCGUUACUGUACUUGAUGUUAGUGGCAGUAUGGCAGGCACCAAACUGGCACUCCUAAAGCGAGCAAUGGGUUUUGUUGUUCAGCACCUUGGACCAAGUGAUCGUCUUUCUGUUCUUGCUUUCUCAUCUAGUGCAAGAAGGUUGUUCCACCUUCAACGAAUGUCACAUCAUGGCAGGCAGCAGGCAUUGCAGGCAAUUAAUUCACUUGGUGCUGGCGGUGGUACAAACAUUGCUGAUGCACUAAAGAAAGCUAUGAAGGUGAUUGAAGACCGCAGUUAUAAGAAUUCAGUGUGCAGCAUCAUUCUUCUGUCGGAUGGCCAAGAUACAUACAGCAUUUCCUCAAAUGCUCAAGGGGCCUCUCCAGAUUACAAGUCACUUGUUCCAUCUUCCAUUCUAAAUGAUGCUCGCCAUACAGUGCCGCUUCAUGCCUUCGGAUUUGGAGCAGACCAUGACUCGGAUUCUUUGCAUUCAAUUGCUGAAGCUUCAGGUGGCACCUUCUCCUUCAUCGAGGAUGAAGGUGUGAUGCAAGAUGCAUUCGCUCAAUGCAUUGGUGGGCUUCUUAGCGUCGUCAUUCAGGAGAUGCGAGUUAGCAUGCAAUGUGUUCAUCCUGUUGUUCAGCUAUGCUCCAUAAAAUCUGGUAGCUAUCCAAGCAAGGUGGCACGAGAUGGACGGAACGGUUCCGUCGACAUCGGUCACAUGUAUGCUGACGAGGAGAGGGACAUCUUACUGUCUGUGAACAUCCCACGGUCUCAUGAACAGACCUCAGCACUGAAGGUUUCUUGUGCCUACAGAGAUCCAGUGACAGGUGAGACCAUCAAGAUUCAAGGUGACGAGGUGAAGAUCAACAGGCCUACAUCCGAUACACCUGAACCGGUGUCCAUCGAGGUCGAUCGCGAGAGGAACCGUAUACAUGCUGCUGAAUCCAUAGAGUCUUCAAGGGCCGCCGCCGAGAGGGGUGCUCUCUCUGAGGCUGUGGCCAUUCUCGAGGGUUGCAGGAGGACACUGUCACGGUCCUUCGCGAGCCAGAGCGGGGACCGUCUGUCGCUGUCCCUCGACGCGGAGCUGCGAGAGAUGCAGGAGAGGAUGGCGAACCGCCAGCUCUACGAGUCCUCGGGGAGGGCUUACAUGCUGUCUGGUCUGAGCUCGCACUCAUGGCAGCGAGCGACGACGCGAGGGGACUCGACGGACAGCAGCACCAUCGUCUACUCCUACCAGACGCCGUCCAUGGUUGAUAUGCUGCAGCACUCCCAGAACCAUAUCCCUUUGCCUCAGGACCGGCAAAGACCACGGCACGGGCCAUCGGAGAAGCCCUCGGCGAGGUAGCUGACUGCGGUCAAAUCAUGGCAUUGGCAACCACGAGGCGACGACGACGACGAUGAACCAUUCGUCCUGUUAAUUACUCUUCUGUAGUUGUUAGCUUGAUUGUUGGUACAUAGUACCUGCCCAUUCUUCUUGCUUAAAUUAUUUGAUUUAGCUAUUUUGAGCCGCACUGGAUUAAAAGUUACACCAAGAGGUGUGGUAACGAGUACUGAAUACAUUCUGGGUGUACCUACUCCUGUGGUGCGAAGGAAUAAUAAGAUUUGGGGGAUAAAGAGGUUGGAAAUGUGGAUAGUUUGGUGUCCCAAUUAUGGUUGAACUGAAAAUUUGUUCCAUUUUUCAUCUGAUAAGUC